AUGAAUUACGAGUUUGAGCGUGAGACGGGUUUCAUCAAUAGUAAGCCAUCGCUCGCGGAGUGCCUUACUUCUUUCCCCCCUGUUGACGACUUAUUUCAGAAGUCAUCAAACAAAAGCUCAGCGCGCACGAACCUUCACCCUCUUGUCCUACCUCCUUUCGAGCACACCAUCCCAAGCUUGAGUCUCGGAACUCAUUCACGCUAUGCAGGGCCCCGGCACAGUUUAGAUGGGGGAAGCCCACUACACGCCAAUUCUCUGACCCCGGAAUACCCGUGGAUGCGCGAAAAGAAGACCAACAAGAGAAACUGUCCUCUUAUACCAACCGGCUCCUUCACUCCUACAGCGGGAGUCAUUUGCUUCUCUCCAAAAGGCUCACCCGAGCUUCCCGAGGGCGGUUUGUCUAGUGGAGAAGGAGGUUCACGCCGCCUGAGAACAGCAUACACAAACACACAGCUUUUAGAGCUAGAGAAGGAGUUCCACUACAACAAAUACCUUUGCCGACUGCGCCGUGUGGAAAUAGCCGCGCUUCUCGACCUUACAGAACGCCAGGUCAAAGUGUGGUUCCAGAACCGAUGGAUGAAGCAUAAACGCCAGACCCAAAUGAAAGACAUCCACGGGGAGCUAAGCAAGACAACUGUCGGCGAGGAUAAUGGUGCAAAGAGCGACGAGGACGCUUCGAUUUGUGGCCUGAGUCAUAGUAGAUUAGAUAGAGAGUCGAACUCUUUUCAAAACGACCUGUCAACAGUCUCUGGGCAGUCCUGUAAUGAUAACGACAUGCAAACUUUUGAAAUGUUUUCUAACAGCUUUAUGAAAAGAAGUCUAAAAUAUGUUUACAGUCAGUCACCUACUGCUCUGGGCAAGGGGACAAUAAUAUGCAAUAGUAACCGAUGUGCCAGUCGGCUCGCCAGUCCGGACAAUUGCGGUUCCCCGCAUGUUAUGGACAUGUCUGUGCAGGAUUUAAACUUUUUUUCGACCGACUCAUGUCUGUCUGAUGCAGCUUCGCCAGCACUGUACAUGUCUCUGGAAAGCCCAGAUGAUGUAUCAACAGACUUUUAUUUCUUGAAGGAUUCCCUGACUACAGCUGAUUUACAAAAUGCAAACUACUGA